AUGGGAAAUUCUUUACCCCAACUGUCCGUACAUCGAUCGUUGCGCGCUUCGAAAACCAAAUCACCGUAUCCGUCGUUAAAGAAGUCACGCAGUUUACGAGAAUAUGCACGUAAUACGAACAAUUGUUUCAAUAGUAAUAAUUCUCAUAAUCGACGAAAUAUUACAGUUUCAAGACCACAGUCAUUGCCCCCGACAGAUGCCGAAAUAAUUGAUAUUCAUGCAUUACGUUGUCGAAUGUCAACAUCGAAUGUAGAUGAAGGUGAACAUCAAUUAUUAAAACAACUUGAUUAUAUUCAUUCAUGUGUACGAAAGGAUAAAGGCUUAUUUGGUAAAAUGACGGAAAAUUUGCAGAACAAACAUAUUUUUUCUAAUGAUGAACCGGAAAAUACGCAUGUCUUAGAUCAAACACCAGAUGAAUAUCGUAUGGAUUAUCAGUCGAUCUAUUUACAAACAUUCGAUCGCGAAUUCAUUCAUGCAUACUGGAUUUAUCAGUCAGGCGAUGUUAAUGAUACAGUGACACUUUUGUAUUUUCAUGGUGCUGGAGGAAAUAUCUCUCAUCGGCUUGAAGUUUUGCAAUUGUUCUACGAGAAUCUUCAAUGUAAUAUUUUAGUUAUUGACUAUCGAGGUAAANGUUAG